AGUUUGCCUACAAUAAUCCAAAAGCCUUUUCUUCUUCUUCCUCCUCCUCUUCCCUCCACUCCUAAAACCCUAACACCUCUCCGCUCAGAAUUCUCUUAAACCCUAACUUCUCUCUCUCUCUCUCAGUUGGGCAAAAAUGUUAUCUAUUUUGAGGAUGAACUCUCUGAUCUCCCCAGCUGUCUCAGCAUUCUCUCCUCACAUCGGCAAGCCCAAUUUCUCCCUCGCCUUCCUCUCUCUGGCGUCCUCCAAAUCCAUCUUCUGUAGCCCUAAGUCCCUGCAAUCUCACGACCUCGACCCCAACUUAUGCCCCCCGAGACCCUCGGUUCGUGCCCUGCAAGCCCGAGCAGUCCAGAUGAGAGGGCCCCGCUCGUCUUCCGGCGAGAUUCAUGUGAUUGUCGGGCCGAUGUUUGCGGGGAAAACAAGCUCCCUCCUCCAUCGUAUUGAGUCCGAGAGCAGCAAUGGCAGAAGUGUGGCAGUAAUUAAGUCCAACAAGGAUACAAGAUAUGGGUUGGAUUCCAUAGUGACACAUGAUGGGGCGAAAUUUCCAUGUGUUGCUUUGGGAGAUCUGUCUUCAUUCAGACAAAAGUUUGGUGCUGAUGCUUAUGAUCAGCUAGAUGUGAUUGGCAUUGAUGAGGCUCAAUUUUUUGAGGACCUAUAUGAUUUUUGCCGAGAAGCUGCUGAUCAAGAUGGCAAGAUUGUCGUAAUUGCUGGUCUUGAUGGUGAUUAUUUACGGAGGAGCUUCGGUUCUGUGCUUGAUAUAAUUCCUCUGGCCGAUUCUGUCACCAAAUUAACUGCUCGAUGUGAACUCUGUGGCAGACGAGCUUUUUUUACCCUGAGGAAGACCAAUGAGAAACAGACAGAAUUGAUUGGCGGGGCUGAUGUUUACAUGCCCGUCUGUCGCCGACACUAUGUUAGUGGGCAGGCUGUCAUAGAGACCACGAGAAGCUUCCUGGAAGAAUCCCAACAGUCCCAGACCGUCCAGUGUGGGUGAUACUACAGUCCUAAGCUUCAGGAAUGCUCAUCUUUGUUCUCGGAUUCCUAAGCUAUUGUAAUUUAUGUCCUAGAAGAGGCUUUCAGAUGCGGUGUACUAUCUUUUUUCCUGAGGAGGUCUUCUGUAAAUAGGCAAGAUAUUACUACUUUUAUUAUUCACGGGUUAUGCCGUUAAAUCGGUGCUAGAAAGAAUAGGUAGGAUUAAAGUUGUGAAAAAUUAUGUAGUUCGAGGUUUCUGUUCAAACUUAGGUGCUAUUCUUGAUGAUAAUGAAUCAUUGCACCUUGUGGUCACAGUGAUUCUUAUCGUAAUUCUAUGAUAAUGUCUUUACAUUUACUCUGAA